GAGCUGUGUUCCAGCCCCCAGUUCAUAGCCGGUGGAGCCACUCGCACAGACAUCUGCCAAGGGGCCUUAGGGGACUGUUGGCUCUUGGCUGCUAUUGCCUCUCUCACCCUGAAUGAAGAAAUUCUGGCCCGUGUUGUUCCCAAAGACCAGAGUUUCCGGGAUAAAUAUGCAGGAAUUUUCCACUUCCAGUUCUGGCAGUAUGGGGAGUGGGUGGACGUGGUGGUGGACGACAGGCUGCCCACCAAGAAUGGGGAGCUACUCUUCGUGCACUCGGCGGAGGGCAGCGAGUUCUGGAGUGCGCUGCUGGAGAAGGCCUAUGCCAAGCUGAAUGGAUCAUAUGAGUCUCUUUCUGGUGGCACCACCACUGAAGGCUUCGAGGACUUUACUGGUGGAAUUGCAGAAUGGUAUGAGUUGCAGAAGGCACCACCCAACCUCUUCAAAAUCAUCCAGAAGGCACUUCAGAAAGGCUCUCUCCUUGGCUGCUCAAUUGAUAUCACCAGUGCAGCGGAGACAGAGGCAGUCACUUCCCAGAAGCUGGUGAAGGGACAUGCAUACUCGGUCACCAGGGCUGAGGAGGUGAACUUCCGAGGAACGGUGCAGAAGCUGAUCAGAAUCCGAAAUCCCUGGGGGGAAGUGGAGUGGACUGGAAAAUGGAACGACAACUGCCCAAACUGGAGCGGUGUUGACCCUGAGGUGCGGGAGCGGCUGACCAGGAGGCAUGAAGAUGGGGAAUUUUGGAUGGCGUUCAACGACUUCUUGAGACAUUACUCCCGCCUGGAGAUCUGCAACCUAACUCCAGACACCCUGGCAAGCGACACGUACAAGAAGUGGAGCCUGCUGAAGCUGGAUGGGAACUGGAGGCGAGGAGCCACUGCAGGGGGCUGCAGGAAUUAUCCAAACACUUUCUGGACAAAUCCACAGUAUUUGAUCAAGCUGGAGGAAGAAGAUGAGGAUCCCGAUGAUCCUGAGAGGGGCUGCACUUUCCUCAUUGGCCUGAUUCAGAAGCACCGGCGGAAGCAGAGGAAGAUGGGAGAGGACAUGCACACCAUCGGCUUUGCAAUUUAUGAGGUGCCCCCAGAGUUUUCUGGCCAGACAAAUAUUCAUCUGAGCAAAAACUUUUUCCUGACCAACAAAGCAAGAGAAAGGUCAAAUACCUUCAUCAACCUCCGAGAGGUGCAGCUCCCGGCAGGGGAAUACAUCAUCGUGCCCUCCACCUUCGAACCCAACAAGAACGGGGAUUUCUGUCUGCGAGUCUUCUCUGAAAAAAAUGCGAACUCCGUGGUUAUAGAUGACAAAAUUGAGGCCAAUUUUGAAGAGACCGAGAUCAGUGAAGAAGACAUUGAACCCAGCUUUAAAAAGCUUUUUGGACAGCUAGCAGGAAGUGAUGCAGAGAUCUCCGCCUUUGAACUGCGCAACAUCUUGAAUAAAAUAAUGGCGAAACGUAAAGAUAUUAAGUCUGAUGGCUUUAGUAUUGAGACAUGCAAAAUAAUGGUUGACCUGUUAGAUAACGAUGGGAGUGGUAAACUGGGCCUGAAGGAGUUCCACACCCUCUGGACAAAGAUUCAGAAAUACCAGAAAAUUUACAGGGAAAUUGAUGUGGAUCGAUCUGGUACCAUGAACUCGUAUGAGAUGAGGAGAGCGCUGGAAGCAGCAGGGUUCAAAUUGAACUGCCAGUUACAUCAAAUCAUUGUGGCUCGUUUUGCUGAUGAAGACCUCAUCGUUGACUUUGAUAACUUUGUCCGGUGUUUGAUUCGGCUGGAAACCUUGUUCAAAAUGUUUAGAAAACUGGAUACUGAGAAAACUGGAACAAUAGAAUUGAACCUUGUUAAUGUAAGUUCAUUUAGCUCCAAAACACUAGCUUUUUUUUUUUUUAAUUAUUUUUUGGGGGGCAGGGAGUGUUUAAGAGUAAAGACUGUCCUGCUCCCUUCUGACUGA